AUGGCCCCAUCCCAGAAUAGAUUCAGACUCUGCCAAGCAGCCCCAGCGUCUCUGCUCACAGGUUCACAUUCUGUUCCUCAGCAGCAGCAGCAGCCCAUUGGCCCCAGUCCUCCAGUGAGGCUUAUUUAUAUCUUCUGUAGACAAAAGAGGCAUCUAGCCAAGGAUGGCCACAUAAGACUGCGCAUGCACUUCUCGAGUGCAGUUACAGUAGCACAUGCAUACAUGUGUCAAGGUUACUUAGAUAUGAGGAACCAGCUGAAUCCUUGGGCCUUGGGAAGUACAGGCCCAAAGCCCUCCAAGAUUAUGAGGGCGGUUGAGCCUCCUGAGCCUCUUUCUCUGUCGUUGGGCCACGGUGGCUGGGACAAGGUUAGCUGGCUCCCAGAAGGCAGAGUGUUCAGCAAUGUCCAGAAGGAGAAGAUGAUGUCCAAGUUUCUCAAAGGAAGUGUCCUGAAGAGAGUAUUUGGCUCACACCAGAUGAGGUGGGCGAAUCUGGAGGAGGCAAGAGAGGCUCCUAGCCCCACUUUUCCUGGCUCCAGAAAGAGACAGAGGAGCAGUUACAACAAAGUGGAGAGAAGAACUGGUGAGAGUUAUGACCCUAACCUCCAGGAGUCAAGCACCACUCAGGAGAACUUAUCUCCCUGGAAGUUGGAUUCCGAAGUACUCAUUCCUGAAAAUAAAAUCCUCCCACCUGGAAGGGAUAGUGCAGCAGGUGGCAAAAUUAACAAGAGUACCCAGAACAGCAAACAAGGCAUAUUCCAUUUAUGGAGCUAUCCAUUAAAUGAAGGAAACACCAUGGAGAACAGGGAAUUAGAAAACUCUUCAGUAGAAAGUGGCGUUAAGGUAACCACUAAUACCUCGAGGAUCUUCCAUCUAAGCCACUCCUUAGUAAAUGCUCUAGCUGAUCGCCCAGUGAUGAUACCCUUAGGUCUCUACUGGCCCUAUGCAGAUGGAGACUUUUCAAAGGCCAGAAAUGAGUUUCAUCUUAAUUCAAGCUCAACUAUAGAAAACAACAGCGGUGAUGCUUUAUCUAUCCCACGCUGGAAUUUAAAAUCUGGACACAGCAGUUUGGAAGAAAAUUUAACAGAUGAAAGUGAUUUAUCAGAAAGUGAGAAGGCCAGUGAUUCUUUACUCAGCUAUUUCCAAAAGAUGGAGCUGAACUUAAAGCCAGAACCAAUAGAAAACGUGGAAAAAUUUUUCACUGAGGACCCUGUUGAAGUGUUUCAGUAUCCAGAUUUUCUGCCCCCUCCUUUCAAUACUCUGGACUUGCACAAAGUUGCUGUCUCAAAAUGUGAAAGUUGGAAAAUGACAACAGAGCCUCCAGAAAGCUCCCUAGGGAGCCUGAUAAAUCGUUUACUGGAUCUGGAAAGAUUACAACAGGCCACGAUACAAAAAGAGAGGACACGACCACAGUCCACUUUCUGUACUCCCAUUGUUUCUGAGCGACCCUCCUCUUCCAAAGCUGUGUUGAAAAUGAGACAGGCAAAACUUCCUGACCCUUCAAGUUUUCAGAUACCUUGUGUAGAUAAAAGUCGAGAAAAGAGAAAGAACAAUUCUGGAUCCAGCAAGCCUGAACAAAAUGCUUCACGAUGGAACUGGAGCAAUGCUGGCAAAUACAAAUGGAACUCUAGACCACCAUCUUUAAAGAAUGUAUCCACCACAAAACAGCUGACGGUGACUUGUGAUGAUUUUAAGAAUUCCAAAAGUUCCACUUUAAAUCCAUGCCAGGAGCUGUCACCCAAGCCUACUACUGGGCAACCAACUCAAUCACUUGUUAAAAUGGUUUCAACAAGAUGUCUGCCACCACGGUCCCCAGUACUGAUUUCAGCUGUACCCCUGUCUUUUCCUGAAAAUCAAAGGGAGGAAGUUAAGGCCUCACGGAGCAAAAGGAAACUUUACAGAAGAAGUAUACUAUUGAAUAGACCAUUCUAUAUUCAGAAACUAAACUGUUUGUCACCUUCGUUUAUAGCUAAGGGUAAGCACUCUCCUAUUGUUCAAAAAUAA